AGCACUAGGGAGAGCUCCUGCCACCACUGACCAGGCCUCUACCAACCACCAAGCCAAAGAACAUGAGGCAGCCCCACAUCCCUGCCCUGCUGAGGUUGCUGCUGCUGCCCCUGCUGCUGAGGUCUGGGGCCGAAGGGGCCAGGGCUCUAAGAGCCUGUGGGCGCCCAAGGAUGUUCAACCGGAUGGUGGGCGGGGAAGAUGCCUUAGAAGGCGAGUGGCCCUGGCAGGUCAGCAUCCAGCGCCACGGGGUCCACUUCUGUGGAGGCAGCCUCAUCGCGCCGACCUGGGUCCUCACCGCUGCACACUGCUUCUCCAACACUUCAGACAUAUCCAUAUACCAAGUCCUGCUGGGAGCACUGCAGCUGGAGCAGCCGGGACCGCACGCCCUGCAUGUCCCUGUGAAGCGUGUGGAAAGCAAUCCCCAGUACCAAGGCAUGGCCUCCAGUGCCGACGUGGCUCUCGUGGAGCUGCAGGUGCCCGUGACCUUCACCAGUUACAUCCUUCCUGUGUGUGUGCCUGACCCUUCCAUCAUCUUUGAGUCCGGCAUGAACUGCUGGGUCACUGGCUGGGGCAGCCCCAGCGAACAAGACCAACUACCCAACCCACGGACCCUGCAGAAACUUGCUGUGCCUAUAAUUGAUACACCCAAGUGCAACCUGUUGUAUAGCAAAGAUGCUGAGUCUGAUUUCCAGCUCAAGACCAUCAAGGAUGACAUGCUCUGUGCAGGCUUUGCAGAGGGCAAGAAGGACGCCUGUAAGGGUGACUCUGGAGGCCCGCUGGUGUGCCUUGUGGACCAGUCAUGGGUGCAGGCUGGGGUGAUCAGCUGGGGGGAGGGCUGUGCCCGCCAGAACCGCCCAGGUGUCUACAUCCGCGUCACUUCGCAUCACAAAUGGAUUCACCAGAUCAUUCCAGACUUGCAGUUUCAGGGGAAGGCCAGCAGGCAGCAGCAGCAAAGGGGCCCCCGAGGUUGGCAGCGUCAGGUGGGGAGCUCCGCCAACUGCCUGGCUGCCCACGCAGUCCUGAUGGUCCUGGUGGCACUGCUCACUAGCCUCUGAGCCUGCCCAGCUCAGCGGGGAGCCCCAUCCACUGUACAUUUGUAAACAGUUGCCCCCCACCUAACGUGCUGGUUACCUUUAUGGUCACUUUCAGGAGAGAAGCACCAGGACCCUCUUUGCAGGGCCCUAGAGGCCACCAAGCUGUGAGCCAGGACCUUUGUGGACACACCCAAGCUAGGCUGUUCCUGACCAGUUGCCCUGGUGCCACCCCAUGACUGUCUCACCAAAAUCAAUGGCUGUCCCAUUCCUGCAUGGUGGACAGUGACAGAUAGGGGUGGGAGGCAGGUCACAAGAUGUCAAUCGCCGGGCUGCAGAGACGGCUCAGCAGUUAAGAGCACUGCCUGCUCUUCCAGAGGUCCUGAGUUCAAUUCUCAGCAACCACAUGGUGGCUCACAACCGUCCAUACUGGGAUCUGAUGUCCUCUUCUGGCAUGCAGUGUACAUGCA